CAGUGGGCAGGAGUUUGGGGAUGUGGGGAGAGGAGCAGCGUGAGCACAGCUCCGGGGUGCUGCAUGUCCGGUGGGCUGCGUGCGCCGCGCUGAUGGGAGGCAGGGAUGGCUGCAGCAAGGCGGGCUGAAAGCUGGGGGCUUCAUCCUGCUCACACAGAGGGCAGGCAGCUUUGUUUUCUGCUUGGGCCGAGUGGGACAGGCUGUGCCUCUUGUUUGGGAUCCCUGGGUGCUACGGAUCCGGAAAGUGGGGGGGUUAUUUUGCAGAGCAGCUCCAUGGUGCCAGCGGGACAUUGCCUGUGCAAACCGCUUCAGGAGCUCAACGCCAUUCAGGGUUUUUUGUGUUUUGCUUUUAAAUUCCCACUGAACCUUUUGUGAGUGGCUUAGAGAGGCCUGAGCAGCAUGGAGGCAGUCUGCAAGCUGCAGAGGAAAUCUUUUUAACAAAGGUGCAACGUUCACUAAGGCAAUUCGGUGCAUUUUCCUGUCCUUGCAGAUAGGAGGUUGGCGUGGAUGUGAGCAAUGCUGUCAGACCGCCUGAGAGCUGAAGGUGCAGCUCAGGUGAACCUGCAAACAAACUUGCCCUGAGCAAAGAACAAACAAACUUUCUGCCAUGGCUACAAAAUCCAAGAGAAGUUCACGAGGCUCCAUCGAUGACGUGCUGGGUGACCUCCUGGGAUAUGAUGAUGAAGGCCCUGAUAAAUCUUCCCAACCAGCUGGUGUCAGCAGUGGGAGAGCCCAGGGCAGCAGCUUGAAGGCCAGUAAGAAGUCAUUUCUGGAGGAUGAUUUCUUUAGCAAACUCCCUGCAGAGGACAUGGAAGCUGCAGAGGAAUCUAGUAUCUCUGAUGCAGACCCACAGGCUGUGCUGCAAACCCUGAAGGAAAUGGAUGACAUGGAAGCUGAUCUUCUGGGAAUGUCAAAACCCAGUUCUGGGCUGGGAAAGGCAGCUACGAAAGGCCCAGGGAAAUGUAACACCUCAGAAGGAGCAGUAAAAACUUCAGGGAAGAUGCCAGCUCCUGAGACAGGAGAAUCUGCACCUGAGACGGAUAAGAAACCACUCUCAUCCCCACCCGCUUCCCGACAGUACAAGAAGUUUAACUUUGAAGAUGUAAAUGAUCCUUUGGCCGGGCUUCUAUCUGGAGAGGAGCAGGGUGUUCCCAAGAAGCCAUCUCCAAAAGGCAGCGAAGGAAGUCCGGAGAAGAAAACAGAACUGGGCAAAGAGAAAGAGCCAAUCCCAGCCCAGACACUCCUGCACACUGCAGCCCCAGCCCGGCAAAGGGAGGAGCUCACGUUUGAAGAUGAUGAUGAUGACCUGAUGGAUGUGCUGGGAUUUGGUGAUGGCCGAAAAGGAAACCAGAAGCAGGGAAAGAAGGUGGAAGAACAGGAGGUGCGUCCGGCCCGCUCCAAGCUGGAUGAGUUACUGGGACGAGGCUCCAUCGCCAAAAUCCUGGAACGGCCAGGAGCAGGAGAGCACAGAGAGUUCAAGCUGGAUAAGAAGUACCAAAAGCAGCCAGAGAAGGAAGAGGGUUGGGACGAGGAGGAUUUUAUCUUUGGAGCUUACCAGCCCACAGUGGCCACCACGCCUGAGGGCCGUCCCUCCAGGAGGCAGUCUGUGAGCAGGUUUUCAGCUGAGAACAGCAGUGAACCAAAACCAGACCCUCACUCCAAACCUCCUCCUGCAGCCAGCCAGAGCCCUGCACGGGGCAGCAGGGCUGGGGGUGACUGGCUGGGCCUGAAGGAUGAGGAUUUUUUGGAUUCGGAGCCUCCAUCUCCAGCUAAGACCAGUCCUGCCGUGAGCUCCCAGCAGCUCCUGGCUACAGAAGAAGCAACGUCCAAACCCAACCAACUGGAAGAGGAUAACUGGCUGAGCGUUGCCUUGUCUCGCAAGAAGGCUCAAGCUCAGGUGAAGGCUCAGGAGAGAAGUGCUGUGCCCCUGGAGACCCCAGGCAAAGGACUGGAGCCCAGCCCUCCUGUCAGCCAGCCAGCCACCUCCACGGGAGCAGCACCACAGGCAGCUGCCCUGCAGGACAAGGCAGCGAGUGCAGACAGCUCUGGGCACCCAGUCCCUUGGCUCAGCACUGUGACACAAGCCUCAGUUCACCCAUCGGAGCCUGCAAAGAGGGAUCCCCUGAGAGAUGCCAGCCACAUCGGCCCUGCAGCAGAGCAAGGGAUACAGGGCCCUGCCUCACUUGCUCAGGUUACCAUUCCCAGCACACCGCUCCAGGCUGCCUCACAGCUGCAGGCUGAAUCCCCACCUCUGGGCUCAGUACAUGAGAGGAGGCCAGGAGCUCCCACAGUCCAGCCCUACGAUGAUGCAGCAGGCUGUCGGGCAGCACUGCUCAGUGCCCAGGCCCGUGUGGCAGAGCUGGAGAGCCAGGUCCGCAUGCUGGAGCUGGAGCGGACGCAGCACAAAUUGUUGCUGGAGAGCCUUCAGCAGAGGCACCAGGAGGACCUGGAUCUUCUUGAGAGUGCACACAGGAGCCGGGUGAAGGUGGUGGAAGAGACUUAUGGGCAACGGGAGGAGAGGCUGCGGCGGGAGAAGGAGCAGCUGGAGGCUCAGCUGCUGUCACAGAGCCAGGAUGCAGAGCGGGCCAGGGCAGAUCUGGUGGCACAGCACAAACAGCGUGUGGCCACACUGGAGCAGCAGAGUGCCCAGGAGCUGGAGCGGCUGCGAGAGCUGCAGAGGUCAUCUGUUCAGGAGAUGCGCAAAGACCACGAGGAGCAGCUCCAGCGGCUGAAGCGGCUGAAAGAGCAGGAGAUCGAUGCAGUGACCAGUGCCACGUCACACACCAGGUCUCUGAAUGGUGUCAUCGAGCAGAUGGAAAGGUUCUCCAGUGAUCUGCACAACCUCUCGCACAGGGUGGAGGCCACACACCACACCACCUCCCAGGAGCUGGCCAUGGGAGCUCGGCAGCGGGAUGAGCAGCUCAAGGUGCUCCAGGACAGGCUGUCACAGCAGCAGAGGGACAUGGAAGAGGAGAGGAGCCGACUCCAGGAGGUGAUUGCCAAAAUGGAGGCCAGGCUAAGUGAACAGACCCGGCUGCUGGAGCAGGAGCGAUGGAGGGCGACGGCAGAGCAAUCCAAAGUGGAGUCUCUGCAGCGCUCCCUGGAGGAGCAGCGGCGAGUCAUGAGCCAGCAGCUCUCCAUGGAGCGGGCAGAACUGGAGAGGGCAAAGAGUGCUUUGCUGGAGGAGCAGAAGUCAGUGAUGCAGAAGUGCUCAGAGGAGCGCCGGAAGCUGGCCGUUGAAUGGGCUGAAUUUCACACCCAGCAGCAGCUUAGCAAGGAGCGGAUGGAGCGUGACAUUGACCGAGCCCUGCAGUUGGAUUCCCAAAGGGAGGGCACCAUCAUCAGCCUAGCCAAGGAGCAAGCAGAGCUGAAGAUACGGAGCCGUGAGCUGAAGGUCAAGGAGGAGCAGCUGGCGAGGGACAGAGAGCUGCUGGAUGAGGCCUGGCAUGAGCUGAGGCUGGAGAAGGAGAAGGUGAAAGGGGCUGCACUGCGCAUCCGGCAGCAGGAGGAGGAGAUCAAGAACAUGAACAAGCUCUCAGCACAGAAGUAUGAGGAAGGGGAGCGAGCCCUGCAGGAUGCAUGUAGGAUAGAGUCUGAGCACCAGGCCAGGCUGCAUGUAAUGCAGCAGCACCUGGAGCAGCUCAAGCAGCAAGAACAGCACCUGCAACAGGAGAGGUUGAGCAUGGCUCACCAGAGGAGACAGCUUGAACAACUGCACAAGAAGCUGCCCAACAACCCCACACUAUUGCUGACCACAGACCAGGAUCUGAGUGCUUCCACCAAGGGGCUCUCCAGCACGCUGAGUUUUCCACCUCCCAUUAGGACAUUGCCAGGGCACAGGAGAGUGGACACGACUGCUUCAAUGGAGCUCUAUGCCAAACUGCUGGUGCUGAAGCACAGGGCACAGCAGGACCGCAAUUUCCUGGAGGACGAGCAGCUCUUCCUGGAGACCCUGAAGAAGGCGUCCUACAACACUUCACCUCUGUCAGCGUGAGGAGCCAUUUCCUUUCUUCUCUCGAGCUGUGUUUGCAUUGAGGGCUGGGCUGUGCAAAUGGGGAGGGAGAGAGGAAGGAAACAAGUAAUAAAUAAUGUCUGUUUAAAGAA